CUCUACUCUAGUCUCUGGAUAUGAGAAUUGCCGAACUCUAAUCGGAUCCGGGUCGGGUAUGUAAACCCGGUUUUUUUCGAAGCCUUCAUCGUCUCCGUUAAUUCGAAAAUUCCGACGAUGUUCCCAAGCUUCGUCCAGAGAGUUCGGAGCCCCAAAACCCAAAUCACAACUCUCAAUUCAAUCAAAGGUUUUGGCUUUAGCUCAUUAAUAAACCUUAAACCCCAAAUCCGAACAGGGGUGUUCUGGGACCUAGACAACAAACCACCAGCCUCUUUCCCUCCAUACGACGCCGCCGUAAAGCUCCGAACCGCCGCGUCGUCUUUCGGAUUCGUGAAACUUAUGGUGGCGUACGCGAAUCGUCACGCCUUCAGCUACGUUCCUUUAGUAGUUCGAGAAGAGAGGAGAGAUAGGAAACUGCUGAACGAGUUGGAGAACACAGGUAAGGUUAAACCGCCGGAGCCUUACUUCUGCGGUGUUUGUGACCGGAGGUUUUACACGAAUGCGAAUCUAAUCAAUCAUUUCAAGCAGAUUCACGAGACUGAGCAUCAGAAACGUAUGAGACAGAUUGAAUCAUCCAAAGGGCAUCAAAGAGUGAGGCUUUUGGCUAAGUAUUCGAUGAAGAUUGAAAAGUAUAAAAGAGCGGCGAGGAAGGUUUUGACUCCCAAAGAAGGUUACGGGUUAGCUGAUGAGCUGAAACGAGCUGGGUUUUGGGUGAAGAUGGUUAGUGAUAAGCCAGAAGCUGCUGAUGUGGCGUUGAAGGAACAUAUGGUUGAUGUGAUGGAUAAGAGAGAAGUGGAGUGUGUUGUUCUUGUGUCUGAUGAUUCUGGUUAUGCAGGGGUUUUGAGGGAAGCUAAGGAGAGGUGUUUGAGGACUGUUGUGAUUGGGGAUUUGAAUGAAGGUGCGUUGAAGAGAGUAGCUGAUGUUUCGUAUUCGUGGAAGGAAGUUGUGAUGGGGAAGGCUAAGAAGGAAGUUGAGAAGGUUGUUGGGAAGUGGAAGGAUAGAGAUGUGUUGAAGAAGUUGGAGUGGAGUUAUGAUCCUGCUUUGGAGAAAGAGAGAGGAGGUUCUUGUGGUGUUUGGGAUUACGAGUUUGAUUGGGAUGAUGAUGAGAUUGAGAAUGUAACAGAGGUGGAGAUUGGAGAUGGUGGUGAUUGGUGGAAGAUAGAUAAUGAAGAUGGUGUUGCAUCUUCUAGACCUUGUGGAUCACAUCACACCAUUGUCGGGAUUGAUUGCGCAGAGGCAGCUAACAACAACUUAGGCAGUUAACAUUCAUUGUUUCUUGUUCUCUGAGAUUGAUUUUGCUGCACUGAUUUGAUUUGUUCUUCCAAAACCAUCAUAGUUUGGUUUAGAGCUAUGUAAAAUUUGGUCAGAAUAAAGAAGAUAAAAGAUAUGUUUGGAUUCACAAGAAACAAGGUGACAAAAUAGAUCGAGUUUACUACAGAGUAUAUGCAUCAAAAUCCAAGCUAAUUUAUUCUUCAGCCAUGAUGGAAAAGACAAUUAAGUUUUCCCACAAUUGAAAACACCUAAGUGAUGAAGCUGUACAUUGUUCAAAAUCUACUAACAAAUAAAAUGAAGCAAAAUCUAGCAACACAGAAACAAUGCAGAUAUGUGAAAUAACCAAGUGUUUUUGUCCAUUAAGACUGAGAGAGCCAUCUUUCCCUUAGCGUGCUCGGUUCCAAAAAAAAGCUC